CCUUGAACGAUAUUCUGUUGCAGUCUCUUCUCUCUCUCUCUCCAUCGGCUCACUCCCUCCCCAAUCUCCCGUCUCGCUCUCAUCACCAGUCGAAGCCAGCCACAGCCAUUGGGCUAAACAGGUCGGGUAGGGAAAAAAAUGCCAGCAGUGGGAUUUGAACCCACGACGUUCACGAAGAGCAGAACUUGAGUGUGGCGCCUUAGAUAACUCGGCCAAGAAGAAGGCUGAAAUUAAACUCCGUUACCUUAGCAACCAACCUGAGAGUCGCAAGCACAGACCAUGAGCGCUCCACCGUCGCCCGUCGGCGUCGAAGAGUGAUUACGAAACUGAACGCUACCUCUGUUAGGGUUUGGAUUUUUGAACGGAAAGACGUGACGAAACGCGCUCAGUCCUUAUCCUGUCUUUCCGAUGAAUACAAUGUAUACAAUGCACCAAAGAAAUCCAAUGAAUCCGGCUCCAUUUACGUCUUCAGCACCACCGUCUUGGCCUCCAGUAUUACCACCUUUGCCACCACAAUCCAAUGUUUUUUGGGAGACCACAAAUGUGUAUGAUCGUCUUAAAGAAUUGCAUGACACUAUUGACCUCGCAAAAGCAAUGCAGAAAGAGUUAGAGGUGUUGAUUAUAAUGAAAGAUGGUAAAGGGUCUAUUGAGGGUGUGGAGAAUGGGUGUAGUGACACUUUGAUUCAUAGGUUCUCUAAGUUCAUAGUGGAUAAUAGGAUCAAUGUGGCUUCCCAAGAAUCUGAGUCGUUGGAAGCUGCAAAUGCAUUAAUAUCAAAACUAGGAGUUCAGCUCGAGCCAUUUAGGGUUGUCACGGAUGACACAAGUCGUUGGGAGGAAAAAAGUGCAGCUGUGAGAUUAGCCAAUAAAAUGCAGAAACGCAAGAGAAACAAACUUUGGCGUAGGAGGAGGAGGAAACACAUUGCGGAACAGCUAGCGAAGGAGCAUGAAGGAUUUGCCCAAGCUGAUCAAGAAGCUGAUGAAUGGAGAGCUAGAGAGAUUGCCAAGGAUAUUGCCAAACGCAAGGUAGAAAAGAUGAAAGAAAUUGCAAAGGUAAAAGCAAAGGAAGAGAGAAAGAGAUUAGAAUCCGAGCUUGAGCUCGUAUUGAUUGUGGAGAAGUUGCAAGAAUUACGGUCCAUCAGGAUCCAGAAAUUAAAAAAACAAGGGUAUUUCCUACCGGAGGAGGAUGACAAGUUUCUUGAUAGAGUUCGAGCUGCAGUUGAGGAAGAGGAGCGCCAAGCAAUAGCAACAUCUGAUAUAGAUACACCUAAAGAUGCCAUUUCAACUGCUGAGGAACCUAGAAAAACUAUCCAGAGUCAUGGACCAAAACCAGAUGAUUUAAAAAGUAAUAUAGGCAGAGAUAAGGAAAGUCAAGACCAGAUAACUCAGAGUGAAAAUAGACACUCUGGUGAAGUCAUUGGCAAGGAAUCUGGAAAACAUGGAUCAGAAGGACAAGGUUCUGGCAGGGCAUAUGAUCUCGUGACAAGUUUACCUGUUGAAUUUUAUCACUAUUACUAUGGCAGCAAUACGGACAUGGGCACACUUAUUGAGGUAAGAAGAACGUGGGAUCAAUAUAUAAGACCUGGAGGAAGGGCUCUCCUGUGUUUGGAAAAAGCACUCUGUAGCCGAUUUAUCAAGUCUAUUUCUGCAUUCAAACUGGUCGGUGCCAAGCCUGUUAGCCAGUAAAUAUUUAAAGUUGAUGUAACAUAGUUAUUUGGCAUUUUCUUUCACGUUAGAAAUUUUAAACAAGCUGCAUGCAAAAAGAUCAGUUAUUAUUCUCCCCCUCAUUUCCUCAAAUUUAUCCUUGUGGAACUCUGGUACAGCCGGAUACCUGGGCACUGGGUUCAGCCACCACCUCCAGCAGAUGGGACAUGGGCAUCAUAUCUGGUGAAACCAAAAUGAUCUUUAUCUGCCACCAAAAUUGCAUGUAUUUGCUGCAAAAGCACCGGAUGCAAAAUCACCUUUUCGAAGAACAAUCCUUCAAGCCUAAACAUGACUCUGAACAAGUUUGUUUAUUCAAAAAUCAUGGAGAAACUGAAGUAUACUGAAACAGAAGUUUGUGCCUACGGCCAUAGGAAUGCAUCAGACACUGCUAUCAUAGACAUUGAAGGGGGAUACACGUUUUGAAUAAGCAACCAAAAUUGAUUUGGAAUGCAUUGCGGUUGCCAAAUGAUGUCAGUUGAAGAAAUGGCUUGUGGUUAGUGGUUGAAAAUGAAUUUGUAACCCCUCUAAGCCAGGUCUAAGUGGCUGUUAGUGCCGGUUACGGGAGAUAAAUGAUUCAUUAGACGUGACCGACCAUCCAAGUUUUUACUCCGCUAAAGUCAGGUUUGUGUUGGUUUUAAUUAUGUUUUGUUUCCCGUAAUUAUAUAGGCCCCAAUGUGAAAGUCGCUUCCAUGGAAUAAUGCGACUAAGGGAUUUUUUAUCGGAUGCAAAUUUGAACUUUGAGCAAUAUAUUUAUUUAGCAAUG